AGAGAGAGAGAAACGUAGGAUCCCCACACUCACUCUCACUCUCUCACUCAUGGACUCUCUCGCACUCUUCUGCACAGGAGCUCUCAUAGCCGGUGGCAUCUACUGGUUCGUUUGCAUCCUCGGUCCAGCCGAGCAGAAGGGAAAACGGGCUGUAGAUCUCUCCGGUGGCUCCAUCUCAGCCGAGAAAGUCCAAGAUAACUACAAACAAUACUGGUCUUUUUUCCGCCGCCCCAAAGAGAUCGAAACAGCCGAAAAAGUCCCUGAUUUCGUCGACACUUUCUACAAUCUAGUCACCGAUAUUUACGAGUGGGGAUGGGGCCAGUCCUUCCAUUUCUCUCCUUCCAUCCCUGGAAAGUCCCACCUUGAAGCCACGCGCCUUCACGAAGAGAUGGCCGUGGAUCUGAUUAAUGUCAAGCCUGGAGAUCGAAUCCUGGAUGUUGGAUGCGGCGUCGGUGGUCCUAUGCGUGCUAUCGCUGCUCAUUCACGCGCUAAGGUGGUCGGUAUCACAAUCAACGAUUAUCAAGUGAGUCGUGCGCGUUUGCACAACAAGAAAGCUGGGUUAGAUUCACUUUGUGAAGUUGUUAAAGGGAAUUUCCUUGAGAUGCCGUUUCCGGAGAACAGCUUCGACGGAGCUUACUCGAUCGAAGCGACAUGUCACGCGCCGAAACUAGAAGAGGUUUAUGCAGAGAUCUUUAGGGUCUUGAAGCCCGGAUCUCUUUACGUGUCCUACGAAUGGGUCACAACUGAUAAGUACAAGUCUUCCGAUCCUGAACACGUGGAGGUUAUUCAAGGUAUUGAAAGAGGUGAUGCUCUACCUGGGCUAAGAAACUAUUCUGAUAUUGCAGAGACAGCCAGGAAGGUAGGAUUUGAAGUAGUGAAAGAGAAAGACUUGGCUAAACCACCAGCACAACCAUGGUGGACCAGGCUUAAGAUGGGAAGGAUUGCCUACUGGAGGAACCACAUUGUUGUAACAAUACUUUCUGCUUUGGGGAUUGCUCCAAAAGGGACUGUCGAUGUUCACGAGAUGCUGUUCAAGACAGCUGAUUAUCUUACUAAGGGUGGUGAUACUGGGAUUUUCACUCCAAUGCACAUGAUUCUCUGCAGAAAACCUGAGAAGAAGACAGAAGAAACCUCAAAUUCUUAGUCUCUAGUCUGAUUGGGUAAUAAUCAAACAUUCCCUGGUAUUUUUAUGUUUCAGCAACUCAUGUUCUCCCUCCUUUGUGACUUUCUAGUUCUUUUUUCCUCUUCAUUUUAGGGUUUUUUUUCCCUUGAUUAAAUCCUCUCAUCUUUGUAUUUUUGUUCUUAAAUUUCGUGGCUGGAUCUUUGUUUUUUUUCUACUGUUAUUAUGGUGAUGGUGAAGAAUCCAAAGGUCAAGAUUAUUGCUA